AUGAAUUGCAGCUCACAUCGUGCCGCCGUUGCCAAAUGUCGUCACACGAACAUGAGACAAAGAGGAUCUAAAAAACAUCGAGCACUGACCAAGGAAUCCAAUGAGGUAGCUACUUCAUCCGAUGCCUCAAAUCCCCGAACACCUGAAGCCAAUCAAAGAACAGUGAAGCGACGCACAUCCUCUGACGCACAUUCGCAAUCAGUGGAUGGAACGAAACGCAAGUUUGAUGUCGAAUUGCCUCCCAUCGAAGUCAUGUCUAAUGCGGAACUAAUUGAAUUGCUUCACAAAGACGAGGAUUCCACAUGCCACACGCUCACUCAGCCCGGUAAAUCGGCUUCAUCUCAAGUACGCAGAGGACGGGGACGGCCCAAGUUGCAGCUCAAUCGUCGCGGUGUAUAUAAAAAUCAAGUCAUACAAAAACUGUAA